GUUACUCGCCUUGUUCUAAAUCUGAAAUACACACGGACAAACAACCAUACUCCUCAGCCAAGCAACCUCGGCAGCAAUGGGGCUACUCAUUGAGCCUCUCUUGCUCGCCAUCAUCUUCCUUGCAUGCUCUGCUGGUUCGGCCACUUCCAUGGCACCGGUUUCAUUGUCCACUUUUGAAACCUCCACCAGCAACACCACUGACCACCUUGCCCUUAUGUCAUUCAAGUCGUUCAUAAGGAGUGACCCGUCACAGGCCCUGGCGUCUUGGGGCACAGGCAACCUAUCUGUUCCGUUGUGCCGAUGGCGCGGCGUAACGUGCGGCGUUGUGGCGUUGGACCUCCCCGAGCUUGGCCUUCACGGCACCGUCGCUACCGAACUUGGUAACCUCACCUACUUGAGGCGUCUCCAUCUCCCCGGAAGCAACCUGCACGGCGUCCUACCGCCGGAGCUCGGCCGCCUUCCAGACCUCAGCCACCUGAACCUCUCCGACAACUCCUUCCAAGGGAGGAUUCCGGCGUCACUUUCGAACUGCACCCGUCUUGAGCGCCUUAUGCUCUUCAACAACAGCUUUCAAGGUGAUAUACCGCAGGAGCUCUGCUUGCUGCGUAAUCUCAAGGUACUCAAUCUUGGUACAAACACUCUUACAGGAAGUAUCCUGUCGGGAAUUGGGGGUCUCACGAACCUAAUAUUUCUCAACUUGGAAAUCAACAACCUUACUGGACAAAUCCCGCAGGAGAUAGGAGGUCUUGUUAAACUCGUUAAAGUUGGUCUAGGUAUGAAUCUGCUGACCGGCUCUAUCCCUGCCUCAUUUGGAAACCUUUCAUCCCUAUAUUUCCUUAGUUUAUAUUCAGCUCAGCUAACAGGAAGCAUACCACCCCUGCAAAAUCUUUCAUCUCUCGAGGUCCUCGAGUUAAGCAAAAACUACCUCAAGGGAAGCAUCCCGGCUUGGUUGGGAAAUCUCUCAUCUCUUGGAUUAAUUAAUUUUGAUGGAAACCACCUCACAGGACACAUCCCAUAUUCAUUAGGUAACCUUCCGUUGCUCCAUGUCCUUAGCGUUUCAAAUAACAACUUUUCAGGUCCCAUACCACAAUCACUUGGAAACCUUGGUGCCUUAAUAGGCCUUCAUCUAGAUCACAAUGAACUGGAAGGCCCUUUUCCUCUUUCACUACUCAACAUUUCCACUCUUGCGGUUCUAGACUUGCAAUAUAAUAAUCUUAGUGGAUCUAUCCCACAUAGCAUCGGCAAUAAGCUUCCAAAUAUACAACAACUUCUAACAAGUGUCAAUCAAUUUCAUGGAAUAAUUCCACCAUCCCUGUGCAAUGCCUCUAUGCUUCAAUGGAUCCAAGGAGUAAAUAACUUCUUUUCAGGAACUAUUCCAGAGUGUCUAGGAAUUCACCAAAAGGACUUGACAGUUGUGACUUUUGCAGAGAAUCAGCUUGAAACAAGUAAUGAUUAUGAUUGGGGCUUCAUAUCUAGCCUGACAAAUUGCAGUAGUUUGUUGUUAUUAGAUGUGGGAGACAACAAGCUAAGAGGUGAGCUACCAAAUACUGUUGGAAAUCUUUCCACACAGCUGCAGUAUUUCGUCACCAAUAUGAACUACAUAACUGGAAAAAUACCUGAAGGAAUAGGGAAUCUAGUUAACUUGGAAUUCAUUGAGAUGAACAACAACCUUUUUGAGGGCACAAUUCCGGCCUCAUUUGGUAAACUCAAGAAGCUGAAUCAGUUAUACCUCACAAACAACAAUCUUUCAGGAACCAUUCCCUUAAGUUUCGGCAAUCUUCAAAUGCUAACUGUACUUAGUCUUGGAGGCAAUGCACUCAGUGGACCAAUACCUCCCAAUCUAAGCAAUUGUCCUUUGGAAAAGUUGGAUCUCGAUUCUAACCAUCUCACUGGUUCAGUACCUAAAGAAAUAUUUUCCAUCUCUACGUUGUCUGAUUAUCUGCAUUUAGGACACAACUUUUUAACUGGCAGUAUAUCACCUGAAGUGGGAAAUCUAAAAAACCUUGCGUUCCUUGACAUAUCUAAUAAUAAGAUUUUUGGAGAGAUCCCAUCCUCCAUUGGUGACUGCCAGAGCCUGGAGUAUCUCAAUACAUCUGGAAACUACCUAGGAGGAAAAAUUCCACAGUCACUAGACCGGCUGACAGGUCUCCUGAUGCUUAAUCUUUCUCACAAUAACUUGUCUGGCAGCAUCCCUAAGUUUUUAGGGACCAUGAAAGGGCUUGCUACUUUGGAUCUCUCAUUCAACAACUUGGAUGGUGAAGUUCCAACCAGCGGCGUAUUUGCCAAUGCAACUUCUGCCUCAGUUGUGGGAAAUGCUGGGUUGUGUAACGGAAUCCCUCAACUGAAGUUGCCACCUUGCUCCAGCAGCACCACCAAGAUCCAAUCUCAGAAAGUUGUCAUCAUAAUCUCGAUAUGCGGUGCAGUUGUAUUUAUGGCAUUAGUAUUUGCAGUAUCUGCAUUUUACCAUAGGAGAAGAAAAAUGAAAUCAAACAUGCAAACAAUACUCAUCAAUGAACAAUAUAUGAGGGUUUCUUAUGCAGAACUAGUCGGCGCAACAAAUGGUUUUGCUUCCGAGAACCUCAUCGGAGCAGGAAGCUUCGGCUCAGUGUACAUGGGAACAAUGAGGAUCAAUGACCAGCAAGUAGUUGCCGCUGUGAAGGUGCUCAACCUCGCACAGCGUGGUGCAUCUCAAAGUUUUGUUGCGGAAUGUGAGACCUUGAGAUGUGUUCGACACAGGAAUCUUGUGAAGAUAUUAACAGUGUGCUCAAGUAUUGAUUAUCAAGGUCAUGACUUCAAGGCCCUUAUCUACGAGUUUCUGCCAAAUGGAAACUUGGACAAAUGGCUGCACCAACAACCAACGGAAGAUGGUGAAGAUAUGGGACUAGAUCUCCGGAUGAGACUGCAAAUUGCAAUUGAUGUAGCAUAUUCACUCGAGUAUCUUCACCAACAUAAGCCAGUGCCAAUUAUUCACUGUGAUCUUAAGCCUAGCAAUGUUCUCCUCGAUGGUGAAAUGGUUGCUCAUGUUGGCGAUUUUGGGCUCGCAAGGUUUCUGCAUCAAGAUUCAGACAUAUCAACUGGCUGGGCAUCAAUGAGAGGCACACUUGGCUAUGCUGCUCCAGAGUAUGGGCUGGGCAAUGAAGUCUCAAUCCAGGGUGAUGUGUACAGCUAUGGCAUACUAUUGCUGGAGAUGUUCACUGGGAAAAGGCCAACAGAAAGCAAAUUUGGAGAAGCCAUUGGCCUUCGCAAGUAUGUCCAAAUGGCAUUGGAAGGCAGAGCAGCUAAUGUCAUAGAUAGUUACUUACUACCAGAGAUAGAAGAUUGUGAAGGAAGCACUUCAGAGUCCGACUGGACAAGUAGAGACAUGAGCAUUGCUUGCAUCUCUUCGAUUAUGCACAUUGGAGUAUCCUGUUCAGCAGAGAUGCCAAUGGAUCGCUUGCAGAUUGGAAAUGCUCUGAAAGAGCUGCAGAAAAUAAGAGAAAAAUUUCACAAGGAGUUGCUCGGCGAAGGAGAGCCCAGCAAUUGAACAUCAUGCAUGAAUCCAUUGAACCAGUUGCCUGAUGCCAUGUGGUCAUGGUGUCAUGCACUAGUGUGAUAUAUAUAUUUUGCUAUGCUAAGUUUGUGGCUGAAAUAUAUGCCUGAACUAUGAGAGUGAGUGCACAUGUCAUGUGGAGGAAGAAUUAAACUCCAGCGCAGGAGGAGGUCUACGCCACAUCCACAAGGCACAACACAAGUAUAUAUCUAUAGCUGCGACAGGAUCUAAGACCUAGAUAAGAAUUGCGUGGUGUCUUUUAAUUAUUGAUGUUAGGCUUUGGAAAGUGGAAAGGUUCGUCCCGAAGAAGGUUUUCCUGCUACUUCCAAAUAUUCAGGGUUUUUUGGUAGACAAUAAGUUGUAAUUGAACUAUAUGAGUCUACCUCUCCUUUAUCCAUAAAGAAAGCAGCAAUUUAUCAAUC